AUGUCUACUCCGUGGCCUCGUGUUGCUGUGUCAGAUCUCGGGAGCAUGACACGCGAAGAGAUACUCUCGAUUAGUUCUCAAACUACUCAUCUUUCAUCCGGCACACCGCAGUGCAGCCAUUGCGGCCAGAUGGAGUACCAGAUGGGGAGGAAGCUGAAGCGAUGCGGCGGAUGCGCCGUAGCCAUGUACUGUAGCAAGGAAUGCCAGAAGAAUGGAUGGCCAGGCCAUAGGGAAUUCUGUCGCCGCUCUGACGACCCCAGCAGCCCGCGCGCCGACGGCCACUCAUUCUCGGGGUUUCCUUCAGCGAUUAUUCUGGGAAACGCGAUAAAACUCUGGGCCGAGAUUAACGACUACGGCAUCACUGUCGUUACCAACGCUGCUAUACUCCUAAACAAUGACAUCCGGCCUCCUGAUUUCUCCCGCGAGAUCUGGGCGUUCAUGUUCGUGCUCGACGUGGGUGCCAACAGCCAGGGGCCUGAUGGAAAUCCCGCGAAGGCGUUCCAGCUUCUCCAGGUAUCCCUCGUGCGCAAAGAGGGGCUCGGGCCGCUGUCUGACACAUGGGACCAGGCGGUGGACCAUUGCCGCCAAGCAGCUGUGGCUAGGCGCAAAGAGGAACCUGUACAUCUUCUGGCCGCGUACCUCCCCGCCGUCUUCGUCAUGGCGAACACCGGGGUCACCACUUGGUACCAUUUCCCCGUCUACCUACCGCGACGUGAGGACGCGUUCUCUCUUGAUGGAACACGCCGCUCCAUUAUUUCGGACGCCCACAGGAUGUGCUCGGAGGCUAUGAACGCGGGCGAUAUCUUCCGGGUCCCCGAGGAGUCUAGCAGAUACAAGCACACGCCGGACCUCGGCACUGUCGUUAAAUACGGCAAGAAGUGGAUGUGGCAGGCCCGCGACGAGAACGUAUACUGGGACGCCCUAGCACGCCGGAUGUCGCACAAGGACAGUCCGUACAAAUCUGGCCUGCCUCCCCGCGAAAUCUGGGCGCGCUUUCAAGGCCUUUGA